AUGACUUGUUUUGGAACUUGCUCUGUUCCAAUGAUGAAAGCCAUGUCCAUGGCCAUCUUAGUAUGUUCCAUGGUCACCUCAACCAUGUCCGAAACAACCAACAUAACCACAGACCAGUCAGCUCUUCUUGUCCUAAAAUCUCAUAUAACCCAUGACCCACAAAACAUUUUGUCCAAAAACUGGUCAACUUCUUCAUCUAUUUGUGAUUGGGUUGGUGUAACUUGUGGUGCUAAACACAAAAGGGUCACCAUGUUGAAUCUUUCCUAUAUGGGUCUUACUGGAACUGUUCCUCCACAACUUGGAAACUUGUCAUUUCUUGUAGAACUGAGAUGCAGAAACAACAGCUUUCAUGGAUCUUUGCCUAUGGAAUUGACCCGGCUACGGCGUUUGAAGUUGAUCAGCUUUGGAUUCAAUAACCUGAUGAAGGGAGAGAUUCCUUCUUGGUUUGGAUUGUUUCCAAAACUUGAAACUUUGAAUUUGUAUGGCAAUCAGUUUAUAGGUUCAAUACCCACUUCCAUCUUCAACUUGUCUUCAUUGCAAAUAAUUACCCUCUUCAACAACCAGCUUUCAGGUGUAGUACCCAAUGAGAUUGGUGAUCUUCAAAACCUUGAGGUAUUAGUGCUCCAAGUCAACCAUCUCAAUGGGCCCAUGCCACCUAAAUUCUUCAACAUUUCUUCAAUGAGGAUCAUUGGACUGACAGGUAAUAACUUAUCAGGCCAAUUUCCAUCUCAUACAAAUUUCCUAUUUCCCAAUCUUGAGCAGCUUGUCAUAGGAAUGAACAAUUUUACUGGUCCAAUCCUCAAUUUUAUAUCCAGUGCUUCUAAACUUAUACAAUUCGAUAUACCAUUUAAUUCAUUCUAUGGAACUCUUACAAGUAAACUUUGUUCUUUUCCAAAUAUCCAAUGGCUUAACUUGGCUUUCAACAAUUUCACCAUAGACUCUACAGACAACUUCUUCACUUCUCUAUCCAAUUGUAAAUAUCUUAGAGUUUUGGAGUUGGAAGGCACCCCAUUGAAUGCAAUGCUUCCAAAAUUUGGUGGGAAUCUCUCUUUUUCUCUCCAAUAUUUUGGUCUCACUAAUUGCUCGAUGAAGGGCAACAUUCCUAAACAAAUUGGGAGUUUAAGUAGCUUAGGCACCUUAAAGUUGGAUAACAAUGAUCUGACUGGUUUUGUUCCGACAACAAUUGGAGGACUACAAAAGCUACAAGGCUUAUAUCUGAAUGGAAACAAGCUACAAGGUUUUAUACCUUCAGAAAUUUGCAAGUUAGAUAGCUUGGUUGACUUAUUUUUGGCCAAUAAUAAGCUCUCUGGCUCUAUACCAGAAUGUUUGGGAAAUCUCGAUUCUCUAAGAACUCUCUCAUUAAACUCCAAUGGAUUGAAUUCCACAAUUCCAAACGCACUAUUUAGUCUUGUAUAUAUCUUGAAAUUAAACCUCUCAUCCAAUUCUCUUGUUGGAUCUCUCCCUUUGGAUAUUGAAAACAUGAAAGUUGUGAUAGCAAUAGAUUUAUCAAACAAUGAGUUAUCAGGCAACAUACCAAGUACCAUUGGGAGUCUUCAGAAUUUGAUUAAUCUUUCCUUGGCACAAAAUCGAUUCACAGGUCAAAUUCCCACUUCAUUUGGCGAGCUUAUAAGCAUAGAACUCAUGGAUUUGUCAAAAAACAACUUGUCCGGAGAAAUUCCAAAGUCUUUGGAAGCAUUACUGAGCCUAAAGCAUUUCAAUGUGUCUUACAACCAACUGGAAGGAGAAAUCCCUACUGGAGGACCUUUUUUGAAUUUCUCUGCUCAAUCAUUUUUGUCAAACAAUGGACUUUGUGGUGCAUCUCGGCUGCAAGUAUUGCCAUGCAAAAGGGAAGAAACUCAUAAAUCAAGAAAUCCAACAGAAGCUAUAAGUGUGUUGAGGAUUACUUUGCCAGUGGUUUCAUCAAUAAUACUUAUAUUGGCACUUACCUUUUUGUUCAUGAGAUACAAAAAAGUUAAGGCUUUGAAACUUUCAAGUGAGGCCAACUUGAUAUUUCCACCAUGGAGAAAGAUUUCAUAUGAAGGACUUUUGGAGGCAACAAAUGGAUUCAACGAAGCAAACUUACUCGGUGCAGGGAGUUUUGGCACUGUAUAUCAAGGAAAGCUUAAUGAUGGAUUGCAUGUUGCAAUAAAAGUUUUCAAUCGGAAUUUGGAAGAGGCAUUCAAGAGUUUUGAUGCGGAAUGUGAACUAUUAUUCAACCUCCGCCAUCGGAAUCUAAUCAAAAUCUUGAAGACUCACAAUGGAAAUGAAUUCAAAGCCUUGGUUCUACAAUUCAUGUCUAUGGGAAGCCUUGAGAAGUGGUUGCAUAAUUGCGACAACAGUCUAAAUAUGUUACAAAGAUUGAACAUAAUGAUUGAUGUUGCAUCAGCAUUGGAAUAUCUUCAUCAUGGUUAUUCGCAACCUGUUGUUCAUUGUGAUAUAAAGCCUAGUAACAUACUUUUAGAUGCAGAUAUGGUUGCUCAUGUUGCUGAUUUCGGAAUUUCGAAAAUGUUAGGCGAAAACGCUUUGAUGACACAAACCAAAACCUUAGCCACCAUUGGGUAUAUGGCACCAGAAAAAGAAGAUAGAUCUGCCAUAAAAGAUUGUUUAGCAUCCAUCAUGGACUUGGCCUUGAAUUGUUCUUCAGACACACCAGAGAAGAGGAAAACUAUGAAGGAUGUUUUAAUUUCACUUCACAAAACGAAAAAGAAGCUCCUGAAGGAAAUUCAGUCUAUAUAG